GUAAAUGACCCCGCUUUCGGCAGGUACAUAACCAAGUGACACCUUGGACGACCUGAAUAAUCGCACGUUGCCCGAAUCCUGAAGGAAUUACCUUACACGUGCAUCUUUGGUAGGCUAACUUGUCGGAUGCUGGAAGUGCACAUGGGGAUGGAUGCGGUCGUUUUGCUGGUUGUGAUAUAAAUUCUAGGUGCCUUCUCGGGGAUCUCGAACGUCUUUCGAUUGAGAGGUGUCGAAAUUCAAGCAAACCAUCAAAAUGAUGAACAAAGCUAUCCUUCUUGCUCUCUGGAUUGGUGCUGGGAUGGUUAUUGCCAAUACUCCUAUUGAUCCCUCGGUGUUCGUCGACGAUCCGCUCACUGCUGUCAUCGCCGCAGCACCGCUGUGGCAUUUCGAUGAGAAGACAUGCUUUCCCAGUACUGCAACAGAGGCUGACGGAAGCCAAACCCCAAGUCUUCCAGCAGAUGACUGUGCAGUGUUGAAAGCCUUGAAUGCGGGUUGUCCAGUUCAAGCGGCACAAACCCAGCAGGAACAACUCUCUACUGCAUUUCCAACGUAUUAUGCUAUACAACAGUGUUCAUCGGAUAACUCCUGGAGGAUCGCAUAUGAUGUGUUUUUCCAGAAGGAUACUGGGCAUCCAUACGACUGGGAAUGGGCCGUAGUGAAGUUCCUCCCAAAUGCAGAUGGACAGUACAUCCGAGACGGGAUCUGGCUGGAAGAAGAUGGAAAUCAUCCAUAUACCUCAUGGUCCAGCAUCCCGAAUACGUUCGACAAUGAUACAGAUAAAUUCCAAUACGGAAAUCUCAACCGUGACCAUCCCAAAGCGUUCUUUGGCAAGUGGAAACAUAAUGUUGCGGUGGUGUACAAUGACGAUUAUGCCAAUGAUUGUCUGGGGGCUAUUAUUGAAAAGAAGGAUUACCAUAGUGAUGAUUAUCAGUACUAUGCAGCUGAUAACCUACUCAUUGAUACGACUGUACCUGCGAGCUACAACUAUGGAGAUGCAGAUUCGACUCCGCAAUCCUUUGAGCCCGGUGGAGCGUACGAUUUAUGUGGAAGUGUAUUUUCGUAGGAAUGUGAAUUUUCAUAAUGACAUUCAUAAUACUUCGAAUGAGAUUCAUUACCAAG